UCAUCAGCGCACAUUGUCUCGUCGCUCGGGAUGCUGGAUGUGGAAAUGCACCGGCAUUGAGUGACCUGACCUUUGGUACACGCCCCAAGGUCGCGGCGACACAGGUGCGACCAUCGGGAGCGUCUCGAGGAGGGAUGCGUGCGAAUCUGCAAAAAUAUGUCUCUCAGUUCGUCUCUCCCGUCAAUGCUCGUAACGCUGAAGACUCCCGGAAGUAUCAAAGCCGGUUGAUUCAGCAAAAAACAACAAAAGUUUUAGGAUGGCAAAACGUUCAGUCAUGACAGUUCCACUGCUCCUUUUCUCCUCCCUUUUGCACAUUUCUCACGGCCAAUUGGAAGACUUGAUGGGCUUCAUGAAAAUUCCGGACUCUGUAAUGAAUCAGGUGGACGAGUGGACGAAGCCGGUGGGCAGUGAAGCCGCUUUCCAACCGGUGGUCAGCAAACACGCCAGCUGCCAGAAACACAUGUCCUCGUUGAUGGAGUUUCCUUGCCAAAAGUUUUUCAACCAAGUAGCUCCGCGCUCCCCCGAACCACCCUCGUCGGUGCACCAACUCCGACCUGGAGACAUUGACGUGGUCGCCGCAAUUGGGGACAGUCUUGUGGCAGGUGACGCAGCUCUGGACGAUUCGCCCUUCAGCGUUUUCAUCCAGUACCGCGGCGUUUCUUGGUGUGUGGGUGGCGAAUCGGACUGGCGCAGGUACCUGACGAUACCCAACAUCCUGAAGCAGUUCAACCCAAACAUCACCGGCUAUUCAGUAGGAGAAGGCUCGUAUCAGUCCAAGAAUUCCCGAUUCAACAUAGCGAUGCCGGCGGCGUUGGACGACGACGCAUUGAAACAGGCGCAAAUCCUCGUUUCCAGAGUUCGAUCCGACCCCAAUAUUAAUUUCCGAAAAUCUUGGAAGUUUGUAACAAUUUUCAUCGGGCACAACGACCUUUGCUCAAAGGCGUGUUUCAACCCUGAAAAACACACGGCCCUUCAGCACAAGAAGCAGCUGCAAAAAGCGCUCGACUUUCUCAAGAAAAACAUGCCUCGCACUUACGUCUCUCUUGUAACGAUCGGAGAUGUGACUUAUUCCAUGAAGGUGCAACGCUCCUUCAUGUGUAAAUUGAUGCACCCGUUUUUGUGCGCCUGUCUGCACAGAGGCCAGGCCAAGGACCCCGUCAAGUGGGUGGGAAAUUUGGCCAGAGAAUAUGCGAGGGCUGAGAUUGAACUGAUUGAGAGUGGACGAUACUCAAACGACCCGGAAUUUGCGGUCGAGUUGAUGCCAUUUACAUUAUUCACGCACCACCUGGGCUAUCGAUCAACUCCUGCCGAUAUGAAAAGCGUUUGGAUGACCAACAAGAACUUGAUCAGCCCAGACUGUUUCCACAUGAGCCAAGCUGGUUCCGCAUUAAUGGCGAACAUGCAUUGGAACAAUCUCUUGGAGUCAAACCACAUCCGCUCGUCGUCGCCGCCAAAUAAAAUUUUUGAACGCUUCCUCUGUCCGACGGUUAACUCGCCCUAUCUGUUUACGGCGGAAAACAGCGCCCUCUUCAGGACACAGGGCUCGCAAUUGCACUCCGAUUUUCAAGAACUGCAGAUGAGGACGAGAAAUUUUUUGCUUCCUAAAUAUAUUUAAUUGUAAAAUAUGCAU